AUGGCGGAGAAGCAAGCCCACCUCAAUAGCGCCUACUAUGGCCCCGCCGUGCCCCCCAAGCAGCACUCCUACCUCUGCCCCAGCCGCAGUGGGGGCUCAUAUCUUUUCAGCUGCAUGUACAUUCUUUACUUCCUCUUCUUCAUAUGUUUUCUCUCCAUUGCUCUUGUCUAUCUUGCUUCCCCUGUUCUUACUGGCAUCAGUAAUAGCAUCAGUGGGGGAGCUUCUGUUCUUGUUGUUCUUGACAGCGGCUUCUGCCUUCUCAAGCUCAUCUUCAACAUCGUCCUCACUGUGGUCAUCACCGUCGGCCUCCUCGCCCUCCUCUUCUGGCUCAUCUUCCCCCCCAACCUCGUCAAGUUCCACGUCACCAACACCGAGCUCACCCAGUUUAACUUCACUGCCACCAACACCCUCAGUUACAACCUCAAGCUCAACCUCACCAUCCGGAACCCGAACUGCCGCAUCAGGAUCUACUACGACCGGAUCGAGGUGCAGGCAUUAAAUGGGGGGCAGCGCUUGGCCUCCGAUUACCUGACCCUGUUCUAUCAGGGCCACAAGAACACAACGACGCUCAGCGCAGCAUUCCAGGGCCAGCAGCUGGUGGUGCUUGGCACGAGCGAGCAAUCCGAUUUCAACUCUGAGAAGGCGACUGGUGUCUACGAUAUCGAUAUGAAGCUGUACCUGAGGGUGCGGUUCAAGCUUGGCAAGAUCAAGACGUUCCGCAUCAAGCCGAGGGUCAAGUGCGGGUUGAAGGUCCCUCUGAGCUUGUUGGGGUCAGCCACGGCCACCUUCCAGACCGAGAAGUGCAACAUCGACUGGAGGAUCUUUAGAUGAUCAUUCUAUGGGCGAUGUAUUGAUUUUUCUUGGGGUCACUAGUUUUUGGUCAUGUUGAUACCAUUGCUUUCGUUGUUCUUUCAUUAUCGGCGCAUUAGGACGUUUGUUAUGGCUGUCACCUUUAGGUUUCUGGUAUAUACAGAUGCAUACUUGUAUCGAUGUUCAUGCUUUCGUAUAUAAAUAAGGAACUCGCGGAGUUCGAUU